AAUCGCAAAUAAGACUACUUACAUAAAAGUGAUAGUAUUAUCUAGUAUAUUUAAAUAAAUUUAGAGCUUUAAAAUUAUUCUAAGCAUAUACUCCACAGUUAUUCCUGGAAACAUGAAGAAUAUUUAUUUAUUCUGUGCUUGCUUCUUCAGUUUCUUGGCAAUAUUAUUUGCAGCAGGAGCUGCGAAGACAGGUUGCUUAGAAAAAGAAAAAGCUCUUGCUUUACUCGAAACAGCUGAAAAUUUUCUGACGAAAGCAAGAGACGCUUAUCCUGCCUGUAAAAUGAAUGUAAAUUCUACCGAGGAGGCAGGUUGUGAUGGUGAAAAAUCUUUGGCGUACAUUGAAAUCACAAAGAAACUGAUUUCCGAUGUAAGGGAGAACUUCCCAUCAUGUAACAGGCUUAUUAUCGAUGACUAUCGAAAUGAUACAAAAGAGGAGAAGUUCAAUGACUGCUCUGAAAUUUUAUCAACUGGACGCACUAAAAGCGGUGUCUACACAAUAUGGCCGAGUUAUUUGCCAGCGGAGAAAUCACUGAAAGUCUAUUGCGAUAUGGAGACAGAUGGUGGAGGGUGGACGGUUAUUCAAAGAAGAGGGAAAUUUCCUAUUCAACAAGACUUCUAUCUGGACUGGGAAAGCUAUAAGAAUGGUUUUGGGAAUUUAAUGCAAGAGUUUUGGUUAGGUAAUGAAAACAUACGUGUUUUGUGUCUGAACGGAUGCAGAAUACGUUUCGAUCUCGUAGACAAGAAUGGAGUGAAACGUUUCGCUGUCUACGAGAAAUUCAAAUUGACAGACAGCAAAUACACCAUUGAUAUCAGUGGUUAUUCAGGAAAUGCAACUGAUGCUAUGUUUAGACAUAAUGGAUACGUAUUCUCCACAAAAGACAAAGACUUCAGCAAGAAAGCUAACUUAUACAUGUCGGGAUGGUGGCAUGGCGAACAGUACUUUUGCAAUUUAAAUGGCAUCUACCAACCAGGCAAAAGUGGUUCACAAUACGUUUACUGGUGGAAAGGAUCAGAUGACUAUGACAAUUUGUCAGCUGUGGAGAUGAAAGUGAAGCCAAAAUAGAACGAAUAUUGUCUAUAUUGGUGAAGAUCCUUAAACAUAAUAGAAUGUAUUAAUUAUCAAUGUAUCAGUUAUGUAUAUUAAUUAUUAAUGUAUCAUUUAUGUAUACUAAUUUUCAAUGUAUCAACUAUGUAUAUUAAUUAUCCAUGCAUCAAUCUUUUUUAUUUGCAAUGCAACUGAAACCAUAAUUGAAGUUUAAUAAAACUAUUAUUCAUCGCUC